AUGAACAAUGAUUAUCCAAAGCAACCCAUAAAUCGGGCGUCCAUGCCUUUCCGCCUGUUUGUCAGUUUUUUAGAUCGUCUUCAAGCUGAUAAGGUUACUCCGACUCAACGCAGAGAAAUUAUUGUCGAGUUAGUUGGUAUCUGGCGUAAAAAAUGUGGUAAUGAUAUCUUCCCAUGUUUCCGUCUUUUACUACCAGAUAGAGACAUUACACGCGUUUUCCAGCUUAAAGAAAAACGGCUGGCAUCUGAGCUAAUCAAGAUUCUUCGUAUUGAUCCAAAGUCUGAAGAUGGCAAAGCCAUGCUUAAGUGGAAAGAUGGCGCAAGUGUCGGUGUUGGAAAUUUUGCACGCCGAUGCCGUGAAAACAUAUUCAAACGACAAGGCAAGAAGGAAUAUAGUAAUUUGGAUUUAGAUCAAAUUAACGACUACCUAGAUCAACUUGCUCUAAGUAGUGAUAAAAAAGGAGAUGCCCAACAAAAAAUCAUCGAAAAGCUCCUUCAGCAAAUGAACGCACAUGAAAUGUACUGGCUCAUUAAGAUUAUUAUCAAAUCCAUGAAAAUUCAUUUGUCCGAAAAAACUGUCUUAAGUUGUUGGCAUCCAAGUGCUUAUAAGUUAUUUAAUAUCACUAGUGAUUUAAAACGCGUUUGCUGGCAGUUAUGUGACGUUUCAGUGACAGUGAGCACUACAGAAGUUUCACCAUUUCUUUGCUUUAAACCUCAGAUGGCGGCCUAUGGAUUUAAAGAUUACACGGAUUUACUAGAAAGGAUUGGUGUUAGAACUUUUUACAUUGAAGAAAAGAUUGAUGGCGAAAGAAUACAAUUGCACAUGAAAAAUGGCGAGUUUAGAUUUUACUCACGUCGAGGUCAUAAUCGUACAAAUGCUUACGGUCAUUCUUAUAACAGCAAUGGCUCCUUUACCCCAUUUCUUAAAGGCUUUGUAAAUGACAAUAUUAAAAGUAUUAUAUUGGAUGGAGAGCUUGUCUCGUGGAACGAAACAGAAGGGUGCAUUGAAGGAUUUGGCCUGGCAAAAGGCGCCAUGGUAAACCUUCAAGAUCUGGGUGAAAUAUUUGGGGUCAAAGGUGUAAGGUCAUUCACCUUCAGUGAAAUACAUGACCGUGAUAAUGAUGACGAUGACGAAGAAGAUGAAUUUCAACCAAGCAACUACAAUAGACCUAGAGAUGAAGUAGUAGAUCGCUGGAAAAGGGCUGUUGAAACAGCAAUGUUUAAAGCAAAUCGUCAUGGAUUUUUCUUGGUUUAUGACCUGCUAUAUCUUAACGGUGUAUCCUUGCUUGCAUAUCCAUUGCGCGAAAGAAGAAGAGCUCUGAAUGCCGUUAUAAAUCCCAUACCACGUUAUCUGGAAAUACUUGAACAAGUUGAAGGCUCUACAAUACAAGAUAUUGACAAAAGGUUUUUAGAAAUUAUGGAGAAGGGUGGAGAAGGUUUGGUUGUCAAAAACCCUGAAGCUACAUAUGGUUUAAAUGUACGUGAUAACUCCUGGAUUAAAGUUAAGCCUGAAUAUAUCGACACCAUCAGUGAUAGUUUAGACCUUCUCAUCAUUGGUGGUUAUUAUGGAAAUGGAAAUCGAGCGGGCAAACUAUCUUCAUUUUUAUGCGGUCUAAGAGUCUCUAAUAAGGAAGAAGAGGACGAAUUUUUGGAUGAACAAAGUGUGCCAAAAUAUUUCUCAUUUUGCAAAGUAGGAACAGGUUUUACCGGGCAAGAAUAUGAACUUAUUCGCACCUUGUUUGAUGGAAAGAUAUUUCCAUACGACCCCAAAAAUCCAAACCUUCCGCCAUGCUUGGAAAUGGGUAGCCAGACACCUGAUAUAUGGAUUCACCCAAAGGAUUCUAUUGUUAUUGAAGUUAAAGGUAGUCAAGUUAAUUACACUACAUCAUAUCGUGCGAACAUGACUUUGAGAUUUCCUAGAUAUUCUUUAUUCAGACAUGAUAAAAAUUGGCGCAACGCAAUGACAAUUAACCAGGUCCAUUCUAUUCAGGAAGAUUCUAUUUCGAAUCGACAAAAGCGCGAAGAAGAACUCCAGAAGGCUAAACAAAAAAAGAAAACAGCUGUUGUUCAUACAAAAAAGGCUAAACUUUCGGUCAUCACUACCAAAACUGACCCAACACAUUUUACUGGUCCUUUACAGUCUAGUAUUCUUCAGAACCGGUCAUUUUAUAUAUUAUCUAGUCAGCGAUCUCCAACAUAUAUGACCCAAGAAGAUAUUGGAAAGUUAGUUCAAACAAACGGUGGCAAAGUCAUAAAGGAUUAUCAAAAUUUGCAAGACCAGUUACAGUCAGAUCCAAAAUCGGUGUUUAUUGUUGCCGACCUACAUUCAGUUGCUGUCACUGGUUUUAUAAGUAAACAGCCACAGCUUUCUAUCAUUAGACCGUUAUACAUUACAGAGUCUUUAAAUCACAAAGAACUUUUGCCUCUGGAACCUAGACAUUUGCUUGUUUCUUCUGGUCAAGAGUUAUAUUAUGCACGUUGCCAUGUGGAUAGAUAUGGGGAUGCCUAUUACAAUACCACUACUUCGAUUUCUGACUUUCAGAGUUUGUUAGGCAGGUUGGUCCCUUCAAAGCUUGAAUUAUCCAAUAAUCCAGAUGAGUUUCAUAACUCAUUAAAGGCAUUUCAAGAAACUUUUCAACAAAUUUUCCAUUCCGAUCCUACUCCUCGAAGCUUAAUAUUUGCAAAUGUUGUCAUGUAUUUUGAUUUCGAAGAAACCACCUUAGCUUAUAUCUCGCAAGGUGGAAUGAUUAAUUUUGAUGACGAAGACGAAGACUAUCCAUGGAUGCCAUCAAAACUUGUGUGCAAGUUGGAUGCUAAAACAGAACUUUCAAAAUGUCAAAACUAUGCACAGUACGGUGGUGCUGUAAUCACUAAUAACAUGCUUGAUCCUAACUUGACGACUAUUAUUUGUUCAUCAAAAGACCCUUAUAGAGCACGCGCGCUUCGUGGCGAAAUUAUCGAGCACUUUGGAUCAAAACAAAUUUACUUUGUCAAUACCUCAUGGAUAACAACUUCUUGGAAAGAGCAAACCAGACUUCCUGAAGAGCAUUUCCCUGUCCCUAAUACCAUCGACUUUACAAGCUUUUAA